AUGAGCUGGCAGAUGGUUCCGGGCAUGGGGUCCAACGUAGGCAACGGCAUGGGCGGGCCUGGGGGCAACGAGAUGGGCGGUGCGAUGCAGGGCAACGGCAGCAACCAGCCUCAUGCGACCGAGUACACGCUGCAGGGUGUAAUGCGCUUCCUCCAAACCGAAUGGCACCGUCACGAGCGGGACAGGAAUGCUUGGGAGAUCGAUCGCCAGGAGAUGAAGGCGAGGAUAGCCGCCCUCGAAGGCCAGGCGAGACGGUCCGACGCGACGCAAAAGGCCCUGAAGAAAUACGUGACCAUCCUCGAGAAGAAGGUCAAGGACCAGGCCGCACAGCUCAAGGGAGGCGCCAGGGCGGCCGAUGAGCCUGCAGAGGCAGAGAAGAAUCGGGCUUUCCAGAUCCAGGAGAAGCUUCGAUCCUCCAAGAAGUCGCCCGAUGCUCACGACAAUGAGCUCGACAUCGAAAAGGGUGACGACGAAUCCCAACGGGCCGACCUCAAGUCCUUCUUGGACCAGUGUCAGGCCGAGUUCACCUAUCUCAUGGUCACGCCAGCGAACCCGCUGCCUCCCCGCGAGUCGCCUCCGCUCCCGAUACUCGAAGAUUUGCGUGAGGGCGAGCCGUUUGGCAUCGCAGCCGGCAAGCCUUUUCAGGAGCCGCCAUUCCCCUUCGCAUCCUCGUCACUCGUGCCGCAAAACCAUAUGCGCGAAGCCAACCGACCUCCCCCUGCUCCUAACCACGCACCGCCCAUGCAGCGAAGCCAGCCGACUAGUUUCCAAGUAAAGCCGGUGGAACAACAGCAGCAGCAACAACAACAGCAGCAACAUCAACAACAGCAACAGCAGCAACAGCAGCAGCAACAGCAACAGCAGCAGCAACAACAGCAACAGCAGCAGCAGCAUCAAUCCAUGCCGCCACAAAACCCCGAACCCGCACCGCCCGUAAUGUACGCUGCCGGCACCGAGUGGCCCCAACCCAUGUCGGUGACGGCCCGCAUGCUCGACGACAACUUGCAGCGUCCUAGCCAUGCUGUGGAAUCCGUCAGCAGCGUCGAGCCGACGGACGAGCCCCAGCCUAGCACUCGUCCCGCACCCGAGUCGGACGCAUGGGAUUUCUCCGAUGGCGCGUUCCCCGAGUCCAACUCGUCGCAACCCCUACAGCAACAACUCACUAACCGACCCGAUACCGAUGCUUUUCCAACGGCGGACAGCCUUCCCAAGUCGCCCAACCGUGGGCCUGGCUCUAAUCGCCGCAAAGGCUCCAUGUCGCGAAGGCGCAGUGCAGAGCAUGAGCUGUCCUUGAACUCGGCCGCCCAGAAAUCGGAGACGGGCAACUUUAAGCUGCGGUUUGGACUCCGAGGUCACCUAGAUACGGUGCGAACCGUCAUCUUCUCGGGAGGCGGCAGUCCUGGAGAGCCGGAAAUCUGCACUGCUGGCGACGACGGCAUGAUCAAACGCUUCCAUAUUCCCCGUGUCGACAAUCACGGCCAGACCAAUGCGGCAUCGGAUCUCGACGUGACAGCUAACUUCUCCCACCGUGGCCACGCCGGCGCUGUUCUUUGUUUGACUUCCUGGUCGCCGUCUCCGAGCUUUAGUACCGGCGGUCGCGCCCAAGGCGACGGCUGGAUAUUUUCCGGUGGCCAAGACGCAACCAUACGGGUCUGGGAACGUGGCAGAGUCGACCCCAAGGCCACCCUCGAGGGCCACACCGAUGCCGUAUGGGCGUUGUGCGUGUUGCCGACUACCUUGGGGGCCAUCUUUGGCCAGAACAGCCAAUACGGAAGUCCCGAUCGCAUCCUCCUUGUCUCUGGCGGAGCCGACGGAUCUGUCCGUCUUUGGGCCGUCAGCGCACCUCCUCAGUUGACCUCUCCCCAGCCGGGCACGAACAGAGCCGGUCCGUCGGGUAGCCGAGGCCGUGUGCGCGGCAACUCGAUGAGCUCGGGAAGUGCGUUCUCGAGCAACCCGCAGCCCAACAUGGCAUCCAACUCGCCAUUUAACCACACUCUGGUUCACAACAUUCCGAGACCCGGUGGCUCUGAUGCCAGCCCUACGUGUAUUACCCCUCUCAGUCCUAGCGGCGAAACCUUUGUCGUCUCCUACUCGGACGCAUCUAUUCUCGUAUACGACACGAGAACAGGUGAACAGACGGGAACGAUGGAUAGCUCCGAGACUUAUGACGGCUCCAUCAACACGAGUGUCAACGCUGUCGUUGCGACGACCGUUGGACUGGAACAGCCACAGGGUGGCUUGUCUGAAGAAGAAAGCAGUGCGGGCGGUGGACCGACGGGCGGAGGCAGAUCUAUGGCUGGGUCCGGUGUCGAGGGCGUCAUCAUUUCCGGACACGAGGAUCGGUUCGUGCGGUUCUUCGAUGCCAACAGCGGUAAGUCGUGGAAGUCAGGCGCCGACGAGCAAAGUGCUGACCAAUCUUCAGGGCAAUGUACAUACAAUAUGCUGGCGCACCCGGCAUCGAUUUCGGGCCUUUCCCUGAGUCCAGAUGGCCGUGAGCUUGUCAGCGCAGGCCACGAUGCCUCGCUGCGGUUCUGGAGUCUCGAGAAGCGCUCCUGCACGCAGGAGAUUACAAGCCAUCGGAUCAUGCGCGGCGAGGGCGUGUGCUCUGUCGUCUGGAGUCAAGAUGGCAAGUGGGUUGUCAGCGGCGGCGGCGACGGUGUGGUGAAGGUCUUUGCACGGUAG